UCCUUGUUCCCCUCCUAAUUACAAAGCCCGAACCAUCCCUAAUAAGUAGCAUCUUUCCUUGACUUUAUCAUCAUCCCCCCAUGGCCAUGCCAAUCUAGUGCAUCUCUCCUCCUUAGCGCCCCCUCUCUUAUGACUCUGAGUCUCAAACCCGUCUGUAUUUCCUCCUCUCCUUUUCAACAAUUGUCCAACAAAGCUCUGGAGGACCCAAAUCCAUGGCCGCCUGUGGAAGCCUCCAAGCCAUCUACGAGAAGACAUUGCCCGACCCCCCAACUUUGCUCGAGGCCCUCUCGCCAUGGCAACAGAUGAACAACAACUCAUCAUCAACCGCCGCCUCCAUUAAUCAAGACUCUUCCUCUUCCUUCACACCAAUCUUCAACGAAUUGCAUUUCAACGAGAAUCAUCAAGAACCAUCAUCGCCAUCUACUCCAUCUUCAUCUCUCAUGCAUCAAAACAAUGAGGCGGGCAUCAGCCAGAGCCUGCCAUCGGAUUGUUUCCUAACCGCCCACAGAAACGACGACAGUUUUUCAUCCCUGAAUCCGGAGAGUUCACAGUUAUGCACGGAAGGGCUUGGAUCCGAAAGCUUCGACGAUGUUGAGGACUCGAAAAGUACUGAUUGGCAAAGACAAGAUGGGAGGAUUAAUACAGGGAAGAAUGAAAUUUAUGUUAAUCCGGGCGGGGAAUAUUUCAGGAGAUCAAGAUCAACCGGAGCAGUGUUUCCUCCGCCAAUUUCCAGUAUUAAUGGGAUGAGUGGGAAGCCUUGGGUUAGCUUCAAAUCAUACCGGCACGGCGGGAGGUUCGUUCUCGAGGAAAUAAGGGUUCCGACGCAGGAAUUUCUGCAUGCGAGCCGAGAAGAUGGCCGCCUGAAGCUGCAGUUUGUUCAGUCCGACGAUGAAUACGAAUUUAUCAACGGAGGAGAAGGAGAAGAUGAUGAUGAUGAUGAUGAAGAAGAAAAGGGUGGCCAAGAGAAUUAUAAUGAUGGUGAAGGGGAAGAAGAAAGUGGCGGUGAAGAGAAUGCGCAGCUUCCGAGCUGUGGAAAUGGAGGCCGUUCGUAACAGGCAGACAUAAGAUUCUAUUGAAGGUUUCCUCUUCUUUCAUUCCUAUGUUUUCAAGUUUCUAAUUCAUCGAUCUCUCUAAUAAUUCCUUCAAACGUGCAAAUAAAUACUAUUCGUUGGUUUUUUUUGGGGGGGGGGGGUUUUCUUACUCCGUAGAGAAAGUUCACAAGACUUUACUUGCAAGUCCCCCCCUUUUUUGUUUUUUUUUCCCUUCUGUUUUGUCAUUAAUUAAUUUCAUAGUUCUUGUUAUCAUUUUAUGCAUCUUGGGAAUCUGGUAGAACUCUGGGUUUUGGCUGGCUGGCUGGCUUAAUUGUGUUUGUAGAGGAAGCCAUAAUGUUCGUGCCAUGUAUGUUAAUGGAAGCUGGAGUUCCCUUCGAAGGUGUAUGAUCUAUGUGUAUUCGUUUAUGUAAUCCCCCUAAUA